AUGGUUAAAAUUGCAACAAGAAGUUCAACCAAAUUAUCAAAAAGAAAUAGAGUCCAAUUGUUUGACUUACAUGAAUUACUCUACUCACCAUUACCAAGAAUUUAUAAAAAAGUAAAAAAAACAACCUCACAAAAAUCAAUUUCAAAAUCAAAAUUUUCAUCAUCAUCACCAAAAUUAAUCAUAAAUAAUAAUAUUCAACAACAACCAAUUAUUGCAAAACAAACACAACAACAAACACAACAACUAACACAACAACAAACACAACAACAAACACAACAACAAACACAACAAAUUCAACAAACACAACAACAAACACAACCAAUUAUUCCAAACACAAUAUCAACAUCAAUUUAUAGAUUAAUUGAAUCAAAUAGUGUUAUUAAUGGAUCAACAAUAUGGGAAAAUUGUAAUACGAUGGUUUUGACAAAUUCAACAACUGAUAAGAUUGGAUCAUGUUUUUAUAAUAAAGAGAUUAAUAUUGAAAAUAAAAGUUGGAUAAAUGAAUUUACAUAUACUGUUGAAACAAAUGGUACUGAUGGUUUAACAUUUAUAUUACAUAAUUCAAAAGAGUCACCACAAUCAUAUCAACAUUAUAAACUAUUAGAAGGUGGUCAAUUAGAAUAUAAUGAUGAUCAUUUAAAUAGUGCAAAUGGUGGUAUAUUAGCAAUUGAAUUUAAAACAUCAUUAAAUGAUAAUAUUAAUUCACCAAAUUCAAAUCAAAUAAUAAUUAAAACAAAAAAUAAUAAUAAUAAUUUAUUAACAAAUGUAAUUCAUAGUUAUUCAAUGACAAAUAACUCAAUUAUAAAUAAUACAAAUAAUGUUAGAAUUGAAUAUAAUCAUUUAAAUUCAUCAAUUAAAAUCAUUUAUAAUGGUCAAAUCUUAUUAACUAAUAUAGAAAUACCAUCUGCAAAUAUAACUUUCCCAAAAUUUGCCUAUUUUGGUUAUACUGCCGCAACUGGUUAUUGUAUUCAAAAACAGUCAAUUAGAAAUUGUAAAUUAACCUUAAAUCAAUAA